AUGUUGCAGGUAACAAUAGAGAAAGAUGGCGGAUGCAAUCAUAUGACAUGUAAAAAUACGUCUUGUAAAAUGGAGUUCUGCUGGAUGUGUCUUGGACCGUGGGAACCACACGGCAGUUCUUGGUACUCCUGUAAUCGCUACGAUGACACACUUGCCAAGCAAGCACGUGAUGCGCAAGAGCGAAGCCGAGCUGCACUUCAAAGAUAUUUGCAUUAUUACAAUCGAUACAUGAAUCAUCAACAAAGCUUGAAGCUGGAGCACAAACUUUAUGCAGCAGUAAAAUCAAAAAUGGAAGCGAUGCAGCAAGCAAAUAUGUCGUGGAUUGAAGUGCAGUUUCUACGCAAAGCGGUCGACGUGUUGUCGGAGUGCCGUCGCACGCUGAUGUAUACUUAUGCAUUUGCUUUUUAUCUGGAAAAGAAUAAUCAGUCGGUAAUAUUUGAGGACAAUCAGCGAGAUUUGGAGCACGCCACUGAGCAGCUGUCGGAGUUUUUGGAAAGGGAUUUGGAUCAUGAAAAUCUUGUCAGCCUCAAGCAAAAGUUAUGA